CCUUAGAACGCCCGGCAAUUAUUGAUAUCAUUAUUUCCGCUUACUUUGAAGAAUAAAUCUGUAGGGAAUUCUGCUGGAACUCCUCCUCCAAUCCUGGUCACGUCAACAGAAAAUACAACUAAAAGCGUGUGAAUGCAAGGACAAGAAAACGCAGCAGAGAGAAUACUCUCCAGAAUCGAAACCUCCUAGUAACCAAGGACUCUGCCAUUCGCCUUGAUUUUGGUUGUCCGCUGUAAAAACACACUACUAAUGAAGAUCGGACAUCGAGAACAUUAAAGAUGGCUGAUCUCCCGAGCAUUCAAAUGGACUUAAACGAGAGAGGGUUCGAGAAAGAUUUGAAAAGUACUUUUCUUCUGGAUUCGAAGGUUGUGAAAUUGUAUGACUACCACGAUGUCCCGUACUUCCUAAGAGGAAAUCCGUACGUAACGUCUGGUUACCGGGCUUUCUUAUCUUUCAAAAUGUGCAUCAAAAGUCUCUUUGUACUGUCCAAUGAGUCCAUCAACAUCUGGUCUCACUUACUUGGAUUCUUGUACUUCUUUUACCUUCUCCUUGUUGAUAACUUAGCCAAGAUUCCAGAACACAAUGGAACUUUUUCUGAUCAUGUGGUGCUCACAUGUUUACUUAUUGGCUAUAUGAUUUGCAUGUUCUUUUCUGCCUUCUAUCAUUUAUUUUGCUGUCACUCUGAAAGAGUUUUUCACCUUUGGUUGUCACUUGACCUGGCUGGCGUCUCACUUGGUGUGUGUGCUUGCUAUGUGCCUGCGGUUUACUACGCAUUUUAUUGUCAUGUGACUUGGCAAAGCAUUUACCUGGGUGGUGUGAUUCUUCUGACUUUUGUUUCAUUGGCAUUUCAAUUUCAUCAUUCUUUCUUGACAUCACAUUGGGCAAGUAGACGUCUUUUACUGUUCUGUAGCCUGGUGGCAUAUGGUGUGGUCCCAGCAAUCCACUGGGUACUGCUGCUUGGAGGAUGGAAUGACUUCUCUGUGAGGCUCUUCAUUCCAAAAGUGGUUGUCAUGUAUUUGCUGGGAAUUCUUGCUUUAGGAUUUUAUGCACUUAAAAUACCAGAACGAUAUUUCCCAGGUAAACUAAACUAUGUUGGAUCAAGCCAUCAAUGGUGGCACCUAUUUAUUGUUGUAGCUUUUUACUGGUGGCACAGAUCAAAUCUCAUCUACAUGAAGUACAGAUUGGAAUAUCAGUGUUUAACAAACAGUGAACUUUCAACUUCGGACUUUCCAUUUGAACUUGAUUUAUUAGAACAGAUUACUGAAAAUAGUAUAUUUUAAUGUUAUCAAUAGUAAAAAAUAAACUUGAUAUAUUU